UUUUUUUUUUCCUCCUUUACAUCUUUUGUUUGUUUGGGCGUGUUGUGUAUAUUCUAAUAGUGACAUGACAGGAACUUCAUCACCUGCUGUACAACAAAGGCAUAGUAUGGAGUCUUUGGGGCCACGUGGGUUAUCGACAAAACAACAAGAAGAGAUUGCCCUUGCUCAAGGACAAGCAGCACAUUUAUCUCAUCAACAACGACGAUCUUCUGGUACAACCUAUGGUCAAACAUCUUCUCUCUAUGUUGGUGAACUUGAUUCUACUGUGGAUGAAGCCAUGUUAAUGGACAUCUUUUCUGCCAUUGGACCUGUGGAAAAUAUUCGUAUAUGUCGAGAUGCUAUCACUAAUCGAAGUUUAGGCUAUGCUUACGUCAAUUUUUGUACUGAAAUCGAUGGUGCACGAGCGGUUCAAACACUGAAUUAUACUUUGAUUAAGGGGAAACCAUGCAGGAUAAUGUGGACACAAAACGAAAACAACAACAAUAAAUCCAAAAUAAUGACUGGUAACAUCUUUAUCAAGAAUCUUGAUCCCUUGGUCACCACUAAAUCUCUUUUGGAUACCUUUUCAUUAUAUGGUCAUAUUACUUCCUGCAAAAUUGUGACGGAUGAACGUGGACGAUCCAAAGGCUAUGGUUUUGUUCAUUAUGAUACAACAGAUUCAGCUGAACGUGCUAUCAACCAUGUCAAUGGCAUGACAUUGUACGAUAGGGAAAUCUUUGUUGGACAUCAUAUUCCGAAACAAGAACGAAUACAAAGGAUGGAGGAAGCUAAACAAAGAUAUACCAAUGUCUAUGUCAAGAACUUGGUGGCCGAUAUCACUGAAGAAGAACUCAAAGAACUCUUUGGAGGAUUUGGUCAGAUUGCCUCAGUAUUGAUUCAACGAGACGAACAUGGCAUAUCACGUGGAUUUGGAUUUGUGAAUUUUGAACGACAUGAAGAUGCAGAAAAGGCGGUCUCCCAAAUGCACGCAACGGAAUACAUUGGUAAACGACUCUUUGUGUCCCGGGCUCAAAAAAGAUCUGAAAGAGAAGAAGAAUUACGGAAGCAACACGAUCAAUCACGACAUGAAAAAUCAUCCAAGUACCAUGGUGUCAAUCUUUAUGUGAAGAACCUUGCAGAUGAUAUGGACGAUGAAAUACUUAAGGACCUCUUUUCAAAGUUUGGAACAAUUACAAGUGCCAAAAUCAUGCGGGAUGAAAAGACCAGUCAAUCGAAAGGAUUCGGAUUUGUUUGUUUCACUACGCCUGAUGAAGCCAGUAAAGCAGUAGCAGAAAUGAAUGGUGAAACAAUCAUGAACAAAACUAUUUAUGUGGCCUUAGCUCAGAAGAAAGAAGAUCGGCGUCAUCAAUUGGAAGCACAAAUGUCACACCAAAGAAGUCAACUUAUGCACCUACAACAACCUUUCGUUCCAGUACCAAUCAACUAUAUGAAUACCGGUCCAAUCUACUAUGAUCCAUACCCUCACAGUUACCCUCAACCUGGCGUGAUGACUCCAAGACCAAUGAGAUGGAAUCAUCCUCCUCCUACAAUGAUGAAACAAGGUUAUAUGACAGGACCUCUUCAGUAUCCAAGUUAUAACAAUCUAGCUCAACAUAUUCCUCGACCUCCACAUCAUAUAUAUGAUAGCAAUGGCCACAUGUCUCCUCCUCCACCACCACCACCACCUCCUUCUUCUUCAAGUACUUCUAUCACUACACAACCAUCCGCCUCGAUGCACUCAAUGACAACAACAUCAUCAUCAUCACCAACAUCACGACCUACAAGACGAUCCUCUGAAACAAUUACUAAUCAAAUAGACGAUAUUGACACUAACAAUGAUGCAAUCAGGGCGAAUGUGGAUCAAAACGUCGAUGAAUCUGAGUUAACUAUGGAAAAACUCUCGGAAUAUCCAUUGGAAAUGCAAAAGCAAAUGCUGGGUGAACGAAUUUACAAAGUUGUAAAUACAAAGUAUGCUAUGAUAUCUGGCAAAGUGACUGGAAUGUUAUUGGAAAUGGAUGUGGAAGAUUUAGUAUACUUGAUCAAGCAUAAUACUCUAUUGGAAGAAAAGAUGCAGGAAGCUGUGGCUGUUUUGGAGCAGCAUCAACAACAAGAAAAAACUACGACGAAGACACAAGCGGAUCUAUAGUGACUCCGGUCUAUCUUCACUUCUUCUUUUUCUUUCUUUCUUUUUCUUUCUUUUUUUCUAGGAGUUAGAUUUGUGUAGUUAGUUGGUUAGUUAGUUAGUUACUCAGUUUUUUUUAGUUAGUAGUAGCUGUGGUUAAGAAGUAAAUCCUUCUUCU